UCAGAUGUUCACUACUUUGAAGUGUUAGCUAAUCUACACUUCCAAUUUAAUGCUAUUAUUUUGACCCCACUCUUCUAUUCUCAAGCUGUUAUAAAUCUCAGUGAAUAUAUUGCUUGGAAGAACACAACCAAAUUCUCCAUUGCCUCUCUUUAAUCUAUCACUUUCGUAUCAAGUUCUACAUUGCUCUCUUUCAUCUUUAAUUUUCAUAACAAGUUCUACACUGCUACUCUUUCACUUCAUACCAAAUUCUUCAUUGCAUCUUUCAUUUUCAUAUCAAAGUCUACAUUGCCACUCUUUAAGCUUUCAUUUUCACACCAAAUUCUCAAACACUGCUACUCUUCCAUUUCAUACCAAAUUCUCUAUUCCCACUCUCCGAUCUUUCAUUUUCGUACCAAAUUCUUCAUUACCGCUCUUUCAGCUUUCAUAUUCAUACCAAAUAUUCCAUUGCCGCUCUUUCAGCCUUCAUUUCACACCAAAUUCUCCUACACUACUUCUUUUUGACCAUUCAUUUCACAUCACCUUUACUUCCCAUUAACUAAGACAGAAAACACACCAGAGUUUGGAUUAAGAGUUUAAAAAAAGCUUAUUACUAAACUAUAGCAGCUAUGGAAUUCUUAACUAUUGUUGUAGAAAAAUCCAUAGAUUGCUUGAUCCAUCCAGUUGCACGAGGGUUUGGGUAUUUGUUUUACUACAAGAGAAACAUCAAAUCUCUAGAAAAAGAAUCUGAGAGGCUAGAGAAUGUCAGAAAUGGGGUGCAGCUACGAGCGGAGGCUGCCCAGAGAAACUUACAUAAACUUGCACCAAACAUCCAGGCUUGGUUAACUAGUGUUGAUACCACUACUGCAGAUGUAAAAGGUGUAAUGCAAGGCAGAGCUGAGGUUGAAAGAGGCUGUUUCUUUGGUUGGUGUCCAGCCUUGAAGUCACGUUACUUGCUGAGCAGAAGAGCUACGAAAAUUGCCUUGGAUGUGAUUGAACUUAGAACUGAAGGCAACAAUUAUGUUGAUUUCUCCUAUCCCGUACCACCUAUAGAAGUUGAGGCUCUACCUAACAAUGUUGAGGAGUUUGACUCCAGAAAAGAGAAAGAGGAAGAGGUCAUGAAAGCUUUGAGAGAUGAAAGGAUCGCUAUUGUUGGUAUAUGUGGGAUGGGUGGUGUCGGUAAGACGACACUAGCUGAGAAAAUAAGAUCAAGGGCGAAAAAAGAAAAGUUGUUUAAUGACGUUGUCAUGGUAACUGUCGGUCAACAACCAAAUUUUAAAAAAAUACAGGGUGAUAUUGCCAAAGGAGUCGGUCUGACAUUAGAAGGGGACGAUUUGUUCCAGAGUGGAGAUCGGCUGCGUUCAAGGUUAAUGUAUAAGGACAGUCGAGUCCUUGUAAUUUUGGAUGAUGUUUGGGAGGUUGUUGAUCUAAAGAGGCUUGGAAUUCCCAGUGGUAGCGACCACAACUACUGGUGCAAAAUUACAUUGACAACGCGCCUCCGAGAUGUUUGUCACACUAUGGAGGCUCAAAAGAUCGUAGAAGUUGGAAUUUUAUCUGAAAAGGAAGCAUGGGUACUUUUCAGGCAAAAAGCCGGUAAUUCGGUUGACGAUCCUUCUCAUCUUAACAUAGCAAAAGAUGUUGCGAAAGAAUGCAAGGGGUUGCCGCUUGCAAUUGUUACAGUUGCUAGAGCACUAAAGCAUAAAACCAAGCCUUCGUGGGAGGAUGUCCUUAAACAGUUACAAAAAUCAGCACCAAGAAACAUCCCAGGAGUGCUUACAAAUGUGUAUCAACCUCUGAAGGUAAGCUAUAAUCACUUGGAAAGUGAUGAAGCUAGGUAUGUCUUUUUGCUUUGUUCCUUGUUUGAUGAAAAUUAUUAUAUUUGGAUUGAAGAAUUAUUCCGAUACGGAAUGGGGCUUGGCAUCUUUUCUGAAAUAAAAAAUUUAGAACAUGCAAGAAACAGGAUGUGUCUUCUGUUAGAAACACUGAUAGAUAGUUUCUUGCUAUCCCAAGAUUCAGAAAAAGAUUAUGUCACUAUGCAUGAUGUGGUCCGUGACGUGGCUAUUUAUAUUGCUUGUGAGGGUAAUCAUAUUUUUAUGGUAAGUCAUGAUGUGAACUCGGAAGAGUUCCCAAGAAAAGACUCUUAUGAGCAAUAUAGUCACAUGUCCAUUGUUGCAAAUAAAUUUGAUGAGCUUCCUACACCAAUAUUAUGCCCAAAACUGAAGCUUCUAAUGUUGAAGCUCAGAUUUCGAGAUCCAUUCAAAUUACAGGAUGAUUUUUUCUAUGGAAUGAGUGAACUCAAUGUCUUAAGCAUGAGAGGAAGCAAACAUAAGGCCUCCAUUCAGACUUUUCCAGCGUCCAUUCAGAUGUUGUCAAAUCUGAGGUCGCUGUGGCUGAGUGAUUUAAGGUUGGAUGACAUAUCCAUUGUUGGGGAACUUGUCACUUUAGAAAUUCUCAGCAUCAGAGAUUCUAAGUUAAAGGAGCUGCCUGUGGAGAUUGGAAAAUUGACCAAUCUAAUUAUGUUAGAGUUUUGGAGUGAGGAUAAAGAACUCAAAAGGAUUUCACCAGGGGUCUUAUCAAGACUAGUUCGAUUGGAGGAACUACAUAUAAGGAGUGUAAAACAUUGUAGUUACUCCACCUUGAGGGAGCUGGAAUCCACAUCGAGAUUGACUGCACUGACAUUAUGCACAUAUUCCGGUAAUGUGAUUUAUCGUAACUUGGGCCUUUCCUCCAAGUUGACACGGUACAUUCUUCGUGUGGGUGGAGAUGACAUAGACGAUUCAAGCAUGGAUAAUUACAGAAAAAUUAUUGCUUUAGAGGUCACUAAGACUGCCCCAUUGGGUGAUUGGAUCUGCCGCCUGUUGAGGAAGAGCGAACUUGUACAUUCAACAGGAAAGGGCUCCAAGAAUGUACUGACCGAGUUGCAGCGGGAUGAAUUUCAGAAUGUGAAAGAUCUCCGCUUCUAUGAAUGUGAUUCAUUGACACAUUCACUGAAUAUCUAUUGCCAGAAUAAUAUUCCGUUCCCCAAACUCAAAAGAUUGGAGGUAAGCGAAUGUGAUGGUCUACAGUAUAUUUUUUGUGUAUCAUUGGCUGGAGGGAGUUCGACGGUAGCUUGCCCUGCUGAUGAUGAGGAAACGGAGAUCUCUCAUAAGACACAUAUCGGACAAGGAAUAAUCAAGUUCCCAAAUUUAUAUGAGUUGAAACUUGAUUUUCUAUCAUGCUUCACUCACUUUUGCAAUGACACUGUUGAGGGCAUUCAGUUCCCUCAUUUACAAGUCAUGACCUUCAACACCUUACCCGAGUUCCAAAAUUUCUGGCCAACAGUCAUCAACUUCAUCACUCACUCAAAUCCUCUUUUUCAUGAAAAGAUUUCUUGUCCCAGCCUGGAAAAGCUAUUUAUCGAUAAGGCAAACAACAUAAAUGCUCUAUGCUCUCACCAACUUCCAACUGCCUACUUCAGCAAACUCAAAAGUUUGACAGUACGGAAUUGUUGUAAAUUGAGAAACUUGAUGUCUCCAUCAGUGGCCAGAGGUCUUCUGAAUCUCCAAGCACUAAGUAUAGGUGACUGCCAAUCAAUGGAAGAAGUCAUCACAAAAGAGGAACAACGAGGAGAAAUCGUGACUAAUGAGCCGUUAUUUCCCCUAUUGGAAAAGUUGUACCUUCUGGAUAUACCUAGGCUAGGGCAUUUCUUUCUGACUAAGUUUGCUCUUGAAUUUCCAUUUCUCAGGAUAGUGAAUAUUCGUCAAUGCCCUGAAAUGAAGAUGUUUGUCCGACAUGGAUGUGUGAGUACACCAAGUCUCGAAAGUGUGAACUAUGAUAAUAAGGUGAAAGUAGAUGACACCAUGUUCAAUUCUAAGGUUUCUUGUCCUAAUCUGAAAGAGCUAUGUAUCUCGGGGGCUCACAGCAUAACUUCUCUAUGCUCUCACCAACUUCCAACUCCCUACUUCAGCAAACUUGAUCAAUUGAUUGUAUCUGGUUGUUCUAAAUUGAGAAAUUUGAUGUCUCCAUCAGUGGCCAGGGGUGUCCUUAAUCUCCGAAUACUAAGAUUAGGGGAUUGUCAAUCAAUGGAAGAAGUGAUCUCAGAAGAGGAGCAAGGAGAAGAAAUCAUGACUAAUGAGCCUUUAUUUCCCCGGUUGGAAGAGCUGAAGCUUAGGCUUCUACCAAAACUGAGGCAUUUCUUCCUGACGAAGCGUGCUCUUGAAUUUCCAUUUCUCAGAGAAGUGUAUAUUUAUGAUUGCCCUGAAAUGAAAAUGUUUGUCCAACAUGAGGGGUCUGUGAGUACACCGAGUCUCGAAAGUGUGAACCAUGAUGAUUGGGUGAAAGUAGAUGAUCUGAAUAAAUGGAUAAAAGAGAGGUUCAAUUCUUAGGUUUGUCUUGUGUUGCUUGUUGUAUAACUAAUUAAGUCUAGUGCUCUCUUUCCGUGUUAAUAUUAAUAUUCAGACACUUAUGUUUGUCACUUGAAGCAACUUCCUUUUACCUUCCUCUAAUAUUUUCAAUUAGAAAUUUAAACCAACAACGCAGUA